AUGGCUACCUUGUCUCGCACCCUGCGACCGCUGUGUCGAACAGCGACUUCUCGGCUCGCGUCCACCAGGACGACGGCAUCCGCACAAACGCUUCGGUCAGCUCGCGCGUUCUCGACAACCCCCCGCCGAAAGGACGUGGACCUGACCGAUGUCACGCCAACUCCAAUCACCCACAUGAGCGAAACCGAGACCAUGAUGGCCGAGGCCGUGUCCAAAUUCGCGCAAGAGCAAAUCGGACCAAAAGUGCGCGAUAUGGACGAGGCCGAGACCAUGGACGCGACCGUAGUCGAGCAAUUGUUUGAGCAGGGGCUGAUGGGCAUUGAGAUUCCCGAGGAAUACGGCGGCUCGGGCAUGAACUUCACCUCGGCGAUUAUCGCUAUUGAGGAGCUUGCGCGCGUGGAUCCUAGUGUCAGUGUCCUUGUUGAUGUGCACAAUACCUUAGUGAAUACUGCGGUGAUGAAGCACGGCACGGCGGAUAUUCACCGCAAGUGGCUGCCCCAGCUAGCCUCUGGCACCGUGGGUUCGUUUUGCCUGUCAGAGCCGGCCUCGGGCUCUGAUGCAUUCGCCAUGCAGACCAAAGCCGAAAAGACCGCGGGUGGCUACAAGAUCAACGGAUCCAAGAUGUGGAUCACCAACUCGAUGGAGGCCGGCUUCUUCAUUGUGUUUGCCAACCUGGACCCCAGCAAGGGAUACAAGGGCAUCACGGCGUUUAUCGUCGAAAAGGACACCCCCGGAUUCGGCAUCGCCAAGAAGGAGAAGAAGCUCGGUAUUCGGGCCAGUAGCACGUGUGUGCUCAACUUUGACGACGUCGAGAUCCCCAAGGCCAAUCUCCUGGGCGAGGAGGGCAAGGGCUACAAGAUUGCAAUUAGCAUUUUGAACGAGGGGCGCAUUGGCAUUGCUGCUCAAAUGACUGGUUUGGCACUUGGAGCGUGGGAGAAUGCAGCGGGAUAUGUGUGGAACGACCGCAAACAAUUCGGACAGCUGAUUGGCACGUUCCAAGGCAUGCAGCACCAACUAGCCCAAUCAUACACAGAAAUCGCCGCGGCGCGCGCUCUCGUCUACAACGCAGCUCGCAAGAAGGAAGCCGGACAGGACUUUGUCAUGGACGCAGCCAUGGCCAAGCUGUAUGCGUCGCAGGUGGCCGGCCGCGUGGCGGGCUCUGCAGUCGAGUGGAUGGGCGGCAUGGGCUUUGUGCGCGAGGGCAUCGCCGAGAAGAUGUUCCGCGACAGCAAGAUUGGCGCGAUCUACGAAGGCACGAGCAAUAUCCAGCUGCAGACCAUUGCGAAGCAGCUGCAGGGACAGUAUACCCGUUAA